AUGUCAUGGAGGUACUUCCGAGCCUCCACUUGGCUUCUCCACUGCUUCACACUUGGCCUAGCGGCGUGUGGCCCGCCCUGGUGGAGGAAGGGGCGGCCGAGGACAACGCACCGAAGCUACGCGGAGGUGGAGCUUCUGUCUCGUUUGGCGGAGCUGCUGAUGCCGGGGGAGCCCAUCGGGGAGCUCUUCCGCGACUUCCCGGUGCAGCCCUCCGAUUCGUGGCGGUCGCGCUGGCUGUGCCCCGAUAUUACUGCAUUCGGAGUGUUGAAGGACCAGGAUGCAGCUUUGUUCGUCGAGUAUGACGGUCAUCCAAGACAUUACGAAGAGCAGGGGCAGGAAGCGGACGAGCGCAAGACGGAAGCCCUGCUUGAGUAUGCACCGCCGGGCUCUGGCCUUCUUCGCAUUAGCCAUGCUGCCCGGGAUUUGAGAUGGAAUGUGAAUUCGAUGGAAGUGGUGAUAGACACGUGGUGUGCCGGCCAAGGGCGGACAUUGAUGCAUGUUGUGCGACAAGUUGCGCAGGCCCUGCUUAGCAAUUGGGGAAGCGUACUUAGAAAAGAUGUUUGCGAGCGUCUCCGCAGUGUUGGGGCAACCGAGCCUGUGCCAGACCUUGAUCAGGCCAGCAAGUUUACGAGCGAGGCAGUGCUCACCAGCGACAUCGAGACUAAGAAGACGAAUGUGACUUCCUUCUUGGAGCAUGAGCUGAAGCUGUCGAAGAAGGGAAUCCGAGCUUUGGCAUGCAAGUUUCCACGAAUUUGGGGCAUCAGCAUCGAGGGCAAGCUGAAACCAAUCGCUGCGUGGUUCACGGAGGUUGGGCUGAGCCAGAAACAGGUGGCCAAAGUCGUUGUGGGCUUUCCUCCAGUGUUGGGCUAUAGCAUCGACGGCAAUCUAAAGCCCACGGUGGCCUGGCUCGAGGAUGUUGGGCUGAGCCGGAAACAGGAGGUUGGCUUGACCCGACAACAGGUGGCCAAAGUUGUCGCUGGCUUUCCUCGAGUGUUGGGCUACAGCAUCAAUGGCAAUCUCAAGCCCACAGUGGCGUGGCUCCAGGCUGUUGGCCUGAGCCAAACACAGGUGGCCAAAGUCGUCUGUCUGAAGCCGCAAGUGUUUGGCUCCAGCAUCGACAACAAUCUGAAGCCUACGGUGGCCUUUCUUGAGGAUGUUGGGCUGAACCGGAAACAGGUGGCCAACUUCGUUGCUGGCUUUCCUGCUGUGUUGGGCUGCAGCAUCGACGGCAAUCUGAAACCCACAGUGGCCUGGCUUGAGGAUGUUGGGCUGAGCCGGCAACAAGUGACAAAAGUCGUCUCAAUUAAACCGCAGGUGUUUGGGUACAGCAUCGAGAACAACCUCUCGCCGAAGCACGUUCUUCUGCAGCAGUUUUUCUCUAAGGAGGACAUUUGCUCCAUGAUUGCCCACCUUCCACCGAUGCUCGGCCUCAGAUAUACCCGUCUGCCGGCGAUUUCCCGCUUGCAUUGA